AUGGUGAAGGGACGCACGGGGCAGCUCGUCAGGCUCUACGUCCGGGGCACCAUCCUCAGCUUCAAGAGGUCGAAGUCGAACCAGUACGAGAGCACGUUGCUGGUGCAGGUCGAGGGGGUGAACACCAAGGAGGACGUGGCGUGGUACGGUGUCGCCGCGAUGGAAGAAGCCUCCUCCGCUCUGCUCUGCUCAGGGACGACACCCACUACCGCUGCCUCUGGGGCAAGAUCACCCGCCCGCACGGCAACUCCGGCGUCGUCCGCGCCUAGUUCAAGUCCAACCUCCCCGCCGAGUCCAUGGUCAGGGCGCAAGGUCAGAGUGUUCAUGUACCCGAGCAGCAUCUAA